AUUCAGAGUUCGCAGCUGAGGAUCCGAUGUGCGCUUCAAUGGAGGACGGCGACCACGGCGGCGACGGCAUCGACGUGCCUACCCACUUUCUGUGCCCCAUCUCCUUGCAACUCAUGGCAGAUCCCGUCACCGCCUCCACCGGCAUAACCUACGACCGGGAUAGCAUCGAGCGGUGGCUCUUCACGUGCAAGAGCAGCACCUGCCCCGUCACCAAACAGCAGCUCGGCUCCGGUGCCGACCUCCUCACCCCGAACCACACCCUCCGCCGCCUCAUCCAGGCCUGGUGCACCCUCAACUCCUUCGACCGCAUCCCCACCCCGAAGCCGCCCCUCGACAAGGCCGCCAUCGUCAAGCUCCUCGAUGACGCCAAGAAGUCCACCCGCGCGAGGCUCACGUGCCUCCAGCGGCUCCGGUCCAUUGCCCUCGGGGGCGACGACGGCGCGAGGAACAGGAAGUGCUUGGAUCAAGCCUCGUCCGGGGUCCUUGAAUUCUUGGCUUCGAUCAUCAAGAACGACGAGUCAACGCUCAUCGUGGUCAGUGGUUCAAGCGACGGUACCGAGCUGGCGCGGGCGAGCGACGAGGCGCUCAACAUCCUAUGCCAUUUGAACGUCGCCGGAUCAGAUCUCAAGAGGCUAAUGAUAAAUGACGACCUCACGGGAUCGCUGAUGCGUGUGCUCAGAAGCGGAAGCUAUCAAUCUAGGGCAUACACGACGAUGAUCCUGAAGUCGGCCUAUGAGGCAGCGGAUCCGAUCCAACUGAUGAGCGUCGGACCCCAAUUCUUCGCCGAGCUGGUCAGAGUUCUCAAGGACCAGAUCUCGCAGCAGGCAUCGAAAGCUGCAUUGAAGCUAAUGGUGGAGCUCUGCCCGUGGGGGAGGAACCGGAUCAAGGCGGUUGAGGGCGGUGCGGUCCCAGCCCUCGUCGAGCUCCUGCUCGACACGAACGGCGCAUCAUCGGCAGACUCAAAGCGAGCCUGCGAGCUGAUCCUGACAGUGCUGGACCAGCUGUGCGGGUCCGCGGAGGGGAGGGCGGAGCUGGUGGCGCACGCGGCGGGGCUGGCCGUGGUGGCGAAGAAGGUGCUGAGGGUAUCGCACGCGGCGAGCGACCGGGCGGUGAGGAUACUGGCGUCGGUGUCGAGGUUCUCGGCGAGCGCUCGAGUGCUGCAGGAGAUGCUGCAGGUCGGGGCGGUGACGAAGCUGUGCCUGGUGCUGCAGGUGGACGGUGGGUCGAGGACGACGGAGAGGGCGAGGGACAUCCUCAGGCUGCAUGCUAGGGUUUGGAGGAGCUCUCCCUGUAUACCACCUCCCUUGCUCAGAUCUUAUCCAACACCAUCUUCUUGAUCAAGCCAUGUGUACAGAUUCAUAUAUGGUGGUUUCAAAUUUUUUUGGUGCUCUCUUCUUCCUUCAUCAUUGUGAGAGCCUCCAUAGGAUUCUACUGCAAUGCAGUAGGCAGACUGAAAAAUCUGAAAGCUUCAAUUCUUCAUUGUCCUUUUUGUCUUCAAUGGCAUAAAACUCAUCUCUUAGUUGGAAUAUCUGGGGAGCUGGAAAUGUCAUAAAUUGGCAAUAGAGAGUUGAUCUCGUUGCUGUCCCU